AUUUUUCAACAAUUACUUUCAAUCUUGUACAGAAAUGUACACAGGAGCUCAUGAAAGAAAAGCUUUAGGUUUUGAAUAACUGUCUGUAUAUGAUAUAUCCAAAAAUAGAAUAUUAUGGCAAAGGUGUUUGCAACGUAAGACAAAUGUUUGCUUUUGAGAUGUGUUUGUGAUAUUUUGAAUGCAGUGCUUCAUUUUGCAAGAGAUGUGAAGCAUUUUGCAUUUUGUGUGUCCAAUUCCUGGAUUUGUGUGUAAAGUAAAAAAAAAAAAAAAAAAGAUUAAAAAAAAAUGUCUUCUGAAUCUGUGACUAAGACAUGCCAGAAACAUCAGCAGAAGGUGAAAGGUGGAAGCAUCUCAGUGAUCGACACUCCAGGACUGUUUGAUACAAAAAUCAGUGAAAAACAACUGAAGGAUGAGAUUGAGAAAUGUGUUAACAUGUCUGUUCCUGGUCCUCAUGUGUUUCUGCUGGUCAUCAGACUGGACGUGAGAUUCACAGACGAGGAGAAGAAAACUGUGAAAUGGAUUCAGGAGAACUUUGGAGAAAAAGCUGCUGAUUACUCCAUCAUUCUGUUCACUAGAGGAGAUCAGAUAGAUAAACCUAUAGAGGAGUUUCUGACCGAAAACAGGCAGAUUCAAGAGCUUGUUAGACAGUGUAAAUCCAGAUAUCAUGUUUUCAGUAACAAAGAUAAAAAUCCAACACAGGUUAAUGAACUGCUGGAUAAGAUAGUAAGAAUGGUGAUGGAGAACGGAGGAGAACAUUAUACAAAUGAGAUGUACAAGGAAGCUCUGAAGAGGCAGAGAGAGGAAGAUGAGAGACGGAGGUUGGAAGAAGAAGAAAACAUGAAGAUGGAAAAGAGAUUCAAGAACGUGAAUGAGGAUAAAAACCAGCAUUCAUGGGAGGCAGUAGGAGAUUAA